AUGAAGUUUGCCCUUCUCAACCUUCUUUUCCUCCUCGUCACGGCUUCCACCCUUGGUGGCCGCGACGUGACCAUCAUGGACAAUGGCCUCGAGACCGUCGACGUCAAGAAUCUCCCUGACAACGCCCAGCUCGACGUCUUGGAACUCAAGUCGUCGUCCCAAAGGCACUCCAUUACCCAGCUCAUUUGCCCUCCCGGCUACACCAAGUACUGCCCUCGCGGCGGCUUUUGCUGCCCUGCUGCGACGCAGGGGUGCUGCCCUAGCGCCUGCUGCUACAGUCGCGACGCCAUGUGCGGCAGCGAUGGUCUGUGCUACAUUCGACGAUAG